AUACUUAUUGGGGGAAAAAAUGCAGCAAUUUGAAAAAAUAGCAACUUAAAAAAACAGCAACUUAAAAUAGCAAUUUAAAAAAAUAGCAACUGAAAAAAAUAGCAAUAAAAAAAAAAAUUAAGCCAGAACAAAAGAAACAAAUCGGAAUGCUAUUUUAUUUUGCUGUAGUUCAUACCGCUUUGAGGAGCAGCUUUUUUUUAGCAUAAAAACGAAGGAAAUUUUUUAAAAAUUUCGUUAAGAGAAGCCACAUUUCAUCCGUCGUGUGGAUUUCCAUUUGAUAUAUUUCAGCAUCCCUGUUUUGCGACUUCCCACGGACGACAAAAAUGGCGAAAGCUGUCAAGAAGCAGAAGAAAACGCUUAAACCAGUGACGAAAGUCAUCACAAUAAAUCUGAGCAAGUUGACGCACGAUGUGUGCUACAAAAAAAAGGCCCCAAGAGCCAUCAAGGAGAUAAGGAACAUUGCAGGAAAGCUCAUGCACACAAAGGACGUACGUUUGGACGUUAAGCUGAACAAGUUCAUAUGGUCCAAGGGCAUCAGGAACCCACCCAAUAGAGUUCGCGUAAAAAUAGAAAGAAAGAGAAACGAAGAUGAGGAUUCCAAGGAGAAAAUGUACACCAUCGUUCAGCACGUCAUGGUUGACACCUACAAGGGAUUACUUAACGAAUGCGAAGUGAACGAGUGAAUGGGGUAAACUGGGUGAAGGUGAAUUAAACCAAGAGUCAGGCAUAACAGAAUUUGAAAAUGAGCGACUCAACAUGUGUGUUACGUGUGGCGCCAACGUUUGUGUGGGCGCGGGAAUUCGUUCCCGUUUGGGCUCGCCGCGGCGUAUCGCUCCAUCGCCUCAGCACUUCACCACUUCGUCAUUUCAUCACUUCUUCACUUCAUCGAUGCAUAACUUCACAACGUUGCCAUUUUACUUUAAAUUUUUUAAUUUUUUUUUAUUAACGCGUAAAAGGAAUUAAAGUUACAGUUGGCCUCCUCUUUAGCACAUUUCGUAGCCACGAUUUUAAUUUAAAAAUAUGAG